GUCUGCCCGUAGUGUCGCUAGCGAGAACGUUAGCUCGGUUGUCUUAUUGUACCAACCUGUCCGCCCGACUUUUGCUGCAAAGACUGAACCGAUUUGAUUUAAAAUCGUACAUUUAAAAGGUGGUAGAAGACACAACGAUGUAGUCGGCUACAGGUUGUUUUAGCUUCUCUCUUUGUGUUCAUUUUGUGCGUGUGUGUUCUGUUAUGUUUAAGGUUCAUUUCUGUAUUCAUCGCCGCACCCAUCGUAUUCAUUUUUUAUUUAGGGCUAGCAAGCUAACGGAUGAUUGAAGCUAAUGUUGGUGUUCAAGUCUGUCAUCAAGUGCAACGAUAUUUAAAUUAUAAAAAAGAGAAAAAAAAACUUUUAAAAAAAGGAGUUUUGAUUGUUUUCUUUUAUUAUAAAUAAGGACUUUUGUCAUGUUCACUUUCAUCUUCACCAUUUUGUAGUAGCUAUAGUAAUCCAACUGACGCACGGUAGUCAUCAUGACAGGUGAUAAGAUACGCACCAUGCGGAAGGAUCAUAAUAAAGCAAAUAAAAAUGAAGCGAUAAUGGACACCUACGAUGAGACCUCCAACGGGACGGUUCCUAAUGGUAAUAGUAACCUCUUCAAGUCUAACAAGGCUUUUCAGAAAUCGGUCAAGUCCUCGGCACUGCAACAGCAGCAGCAGCUCAAUGCGAACAACAUAAACGGCAACGCAUCAGUUGUGAAUGACGACAACAAAAACCCAAUCAUCCUGACAAGUGAGGAGCUGGAGUUUCCAGUUCAUGAGUGUGUGUUCAAAGGGGAUGUGCGUCGGCUCUCCUCUCUCAUCAGGACCCACAGCAUCUCUCAAAAAGACGUGCAUGGGAACACACCUCUUCACCUUGCUGUAAUGUUGGGCCACAAAGAAUGUGCUCUUCUCCUCCUGGCUCACAAUGCCCCCGUUAAGAUCAAGAAUGCGCAGGGGUGGAGUCCGCUUGCAGAAGCUAUCAGCUACGGUGAUCGGCAGAUGAUUACAGCGAUAUUGAGGAAGUUAAAGCAGCAGUCAAGAGAGAAUGUGGAGGAAAAGAGGCCGAAAUUACUGAAAGCUCUCAGGGAGCUCGGUGACUUUUACCUCGAGGUUCAUUGGGACUUUCAGAGCUGGGUGCCAUUGCUGUCCAGGAUGCUGCCGUCUGAUGCUUGCAAAAUCUACAAGCAGGGCAUUAAUAUCAGACUUGACACUACGCUCAUCGACUUCAACGACAUGAAGUGUCAACGCGGAGAUCUGAGCUUCAUUUUUAACGGUGACGCCUCGCCUUCCCAGUCCUUUGUGGUUCUGGACAAUGAAGCCAAAGUGUACCAAAGAAUACACCACGAGGAAUCGGAGAUGGAGACUGAAGAGGAAGUGGACAUUCUGAUGAGCAGCGACGUCUACUCUGCAACUCUGUCAACAAAGUCAAUAACUUUCUCUCGGAGUCAGAUUGGCUGGCUCUUCAGAGAGGAUAAAACGGAGAGGGUUGGAAACUUCCUGGCCGACUUCUACGCUGUCAACGGUCUGGUGCUGGAGUCGAGGAAACGGCGGGAGCAUUUAAGCGAAGAAGACAUCAUGAGGAAUAAAGCCAUCAUGGAGAGCCUGAGUAAGGGAGGCAGCAUCAGCGAGCAGAAUUUUGAGCCUGCGAGGAGGCAGUCGCUCACAGCGCCAGCCCCCAACACCAUUUCUUGGGAAGAGUACAUAACGGCAGAGCAUGGAAAGCCGCCUCACCUCGGCCGAGAGCUCGUGUGCAAGGAAAGCAAGAAGAACUUCAAAGCUACUGUAGCCAUGAGCCAGGAUUUUCCUCUAGGCAUCGAGUCGUUACUAAACGUGUUGGAAGUCAUUGCUCCAUUCAAGCACUUCAACAAACUCCGAGAGUUUGUUCAGAUGAAACUUCCUCCGGGGUUUCCAGUCAAACUCGACAUCCCCGUCUUCCCGACGAUCACAGCGACUGUCACCUUUCAGGAAUUCCGCUACGACAAGUUUGACGAAUCUAUUUUCUUGAUCCCUGCUGAAUACAAGGAAGAUCCAAGCCGCUUUCCGGACCUCUGACCUGUCAAUGCGUCCAG